AAAAACAAAGCUUACAGCAUCACAAAGCAAUAGCAUUUGCCCAAAUCAGCACCAUCUCCAUCUUCUUCACCUAGUCCUUGUUCUUUCGUUCAGGUUCUUCUUCUCUCUGAAAACUGCAGCUGAGCACGAUGCAGGCCAUUUCGAAGCGUGUCGGGCACCAAUACCUGACUCCCUCGUCUUCAAUCUCGUCGCUCAAGUCAAUCUACCCUGUUUCCGAUCACUAUUAUGGAGCUGAUCGUCCGAAGUACGGAUCUACCCUCGCCACUAAGGGAGUGGGGCACCUUGUGCGCAAGGGCACAGGUGGAAGAUCAUCUGUUAGUGGCAUUGUUGCUGCAGUUUUUGGAUCUACAGGGUUCCUUGGUCGUUAUCUUGUACAACAACUUGCCAAAAUGGGAAGUCAGGUGUUAGUUCCUUUCCGUGGUUCUGAGGAUUCCCAUCGUCAUCUGAAGUUGAUGGGGGAUUUGGGACAGAUAGUACCUAUGAAAUACAAUCCGAGAGAUGAAGAUUCAAUUAAGGCAGUCAUGGCGAAAGCUAAUGUGGUUAUCAAUCUCAUUGGGAGGGAUUAUGAGACAAGAAACUUUAGCUUUGAGGAAGUGAAUCAUUCCAUGGCCGAACAACUGGCAACGAUUUCCAAGGAACACGGUGGUAUCAUGAGAUUUAUUCAAGUGUCUUGCUUAGGGGCAUCUUCCUUGUCACCCUCCAGAUUUCUAAGGGCUAAAGCUGCUGCAGAGGAAGCAGUAUUACGUGAAUUGCCAGAGGCCACUGUUUUGAGACCUGCUGUGCUGAUUGGUACAGAGGACCGAAUUUUGAAUCGCUGGGCCUUUUUUGCGAAGAAAUAUGGCUUUCUUCCACUUAUUGGGGAUGGAUCUACCAAAAUCCAACCUGUAUAUGUUGUUGAUGUUGCUGGGGCAAUCGUGGCAGCCUUGAAGGAUGAUGGCACCAGCAUGGGAAAAGUUUAUGAACUUGGUGGGCCUGAGGUCUUUACAGUGCAUCAAUUGGCAGAGCUAAUGUUUGAGACAAUACGUGAAUGGCCUCACUACGUGAAGGUUCCUCUCCCAAUUGCAAAGGCAAUUGCAGCGCCUCGAGAAAUAUUACUAAAUAAAGUUCCAUUUCCAUUACCUAAUCCUGAAAUCUUCAACCGAGAUCAAAUCCUUGCCCAAGCUACGGAUACAGUCGUCUCAGAAAAUUCUUUGACUUUCAGUGAUCUUGGACUUGUGCCCCAUAAGCUGAAGGGUUACCCUGUUGAGUUUCUUAUCCAAUAUCGUAAGGGUGGCCCUAAUUAUGGUUCUACAGUCAGUGAAAGAGUGUCUCCAGAUGCUUGGCCAUGAGUCUCUUAGGCUUUUUAAUUCUCAAAUGCUUUUUAAGUCCAGGAGUGCAACCCACUUGGAAACUUUGAAUCAGGUUUUGAGAGGAGGUUGCUUCUUUUGAGAAAAAGUGGGAAGCAAUAAAAGAUAUGGAGAGUUGUGCUUUUAUGAUUUUUCAUAUCUGUAACAUUUGACUGAAUUUCGACCAUUUGUAAUUUCAAGAUAUUUGGCAUCUUUUUUACUUGUUCAUAAGCCCUGAGCCAUGAAGGGAAUUUGAUGUAUCUUAUUUUCUUUUUUGCUUAAUGUCCUUGUAGUAGUGGGAUGGGAAAAUGAUGGAGUUUUGUUGGCUUUAAUUCUACCCUUUAUAAAUUAAAUUUAUAGAUUCUAUUUUCA